AAUAGAGGAGGGGAUGAGAGGAGAGUGUGUUUGUGUAGCUCUGCAGAGAGGAGAGAGAGAGAGAGAGAGAGAACUACAGCUUUUCUGCCUGUCUCUGUGAAAUGGUUCACAAGCUUAUCUGUGUGUGGCUGCAGAUGAACUUGCAAACGUCAGAAGCCUGCAGCAGCUGAGGUUUCUUCCCAAGAACCAGGGACUGCACAGGGACACUGCAGCACAGGGACACUGCAGCACAGGGACACUGCAGCACAGGGACACUGCAGCCUGUCAGAGUAAUUGAUGUGUGAGAGAGAGCCUGUCAGAGUAAUUGAUGUGUGAGAGAGAGCCUGUCAGAGUAAUUGAUGUGUGAGAGAGAGCCUGUCAGAGUAAUUGAUGUGUGAGAGAGAGCCUAUCAGAGUAAUUGAUGUGUGAGAGAGAGCCUGUCAGAGUAAUUGAUGUGUGAGAGAGAGCCUGUCAGAGUAAUUGAUGUGUGAGUGUGUGCCUGUCAUAGUAAUUGAUGUGUGAGAGAGAGCCUGUAUGGGUAAGCGGCAGUAGCCUGCUAGAGUAAUUUGUGUGUGUGUGUGCACCCAUUCACGGCUCUUAUCAGCUGAUCAGUACACACAGCGGUAGGGUAGGAGGGGGUUGAGGGGGCAGUGUGUGUGCGUGUGUAUGCAUGUGUAUGUAUGUGUGUCUGUGAGGCAUUCUCAGGUGAGCAGUGCUGUAAUUGGAGGCUAAGCUUUGAUACUCUGACUCUGUGACACCGGCAUGUGUGUGUGAUACCGGUGUCAGAGCACACAUGACAGGAGGAAGUGACACAUCUCUACUUGCGCUCUCCGAUUUCCUGAAGCCUCUCUGGUGGAACGAGGAACGCUGUACGGACCCAAAUCUAAGCCGACCUCACCUCACCUCUCUCUUCACCCCUGAUCCUGUAAUCCAAGUCUAUCCUGAUACCUACAGACACAGGACUGUGAACCACCGGCAGUGGAUGCUUGUAUUGAGAGAACUGAGCGAUACUUGGACUGUGAGCUUUAGUGGUGUGUGUCCAUAUACUGAGAUACCAAGGGACUGGCUGUGGAUGCAGAGGGGAUGUGAAGAGCUCUAGGACUGAGCAUUGUGAACAGUGUGUUGCUGAAUGCCUCUACAGACAGAGAAUCCCCCCCUUGGGAAUAAUCAGAUUUCCUCCUGCGGCUCUGCUGGGUGUCUAUAGGCAGCCGAGGGCUCGUAUUUAACUCCUAAAUGACUGGCAGCAACAGCAUGAGCAGCGGCUACUGCAGUCUGGAUGAGGAGGGCGAAGACUUCACCUUCUUCACCGCAAAGACCACCUUCUUCCGCCAGCCCAAAAAGCUGGAUAAGCAGAAUGAGGUCAAAGAGGAACAGGAGGGAGGGCCCAAGGCUCUGUCAGAGAAAGAGGUGCGGGCCAGGAUAGAGGACUACAACUCUAACGUCUCAGAGAAUGGCAUGAAACUGGCUGCUGAUGGUUUGUACACUGGCUUCAUUAAGGUCCACCUCAGGCUGAGUCGGCCAGUCACGGUGCUUGCUGUGGAGGGUGCGGGAUUAGAGGAACAGUCAGGCAAGGCAGACAGACGCGGUCGGCCAAUGACGGUGUCAGAGGGCCAGGUUGGGGAGGGAGCGGGGUUGAGUGACAAGCGGACGUCGUUCUACCUUCCCAGAGACUGUGUGAAGCAACUCCACAUUAGUAGUACUACAACGGUCAGGGAGGUCAUACAGGGCCUGCUGAAGAAGUUUAUGGUGCUGGAUAACCCACGCAAGUUUGCCCUGUACAGACAGACACACCGCGAUGGACAGGAUCUGUUCCAGAAACUUCCUUUGGUGGAGUGUCCUCUCUCUCUGAGACUGGUGGCAGGGCCAGACCCUGAGCUGCUCAGCUUUGUCCUCAAGGAGAACGAGACCGGAGAGGUGGAGUGGCAUGCAUUUUCAGUUCCUGAGCUGCAGAACUUCCUGGUGAUUCUGGAGAAGGAGGAGACUGAGCGUGUGCGAUUGGUGGAGCAGAGAUUCACAGUUUACCGACAGAGAUUACAGAAGGCACUAUGCGAGCAUCAACCCUGACCCCUCACCCUUGAUCCCUCAUCCCUAAUCUCUCACCCUGACCCCUCAACCCUUACCCGUCUGUUGACCCAGGGAGAGACAGGAGACCACUGAAGCUCACAGACUACUAUUCUCCCCUCAUUACACAGUCAGCCCCCCUCCAUCCCUCCCUCCUCAUCCCCCCUUUGAGAAGAGAGGAGGGGUUGAGAAAGCAUGGAAAGGGAAAAGGGGACUGAUUUAAAGGGCGAGUGGGCAGGAUUCUAGAACAUAAUCAGUGUUUCCCUUGGAGGUGAAAGACACGCUGAACUGACAGACCCUCUGAGUUCUUUGGGCUCAGAGAUCUCAUUUUGGUCUGACAAUGUGACCUGAUGGGUCUUCUAAUGUUACAUUGAAUCUUAGUUUGGUCUGAUUAUGUUUUUAAGAUUAUACUGCUGCUGCUGCUACUGCAAGUGUUACUUAUUUACUUACUUAUGUAUUUACUAAGGUAUGAGUCUCGCCCUGCUCUAUCUGCCCCAGUGCCCCUGCAUAAAGAUUCAGAUAGACUAGAACAGACAUUACCAUUCAAAACAACGCUCCAUGGUGGAUGGACCAUUUGGAAUGUUCUAUUACUUGAUGUUUACGAUAUCAACUCUCAGGUUGUCCCUGCAUGCCUUCUGUCCAGGGUCGAGGGUAGGUUAGGAGGGUAGGAGACGGGUGGGUAUGCUUGGGUUGGGAAGUAGGGUUGGGAUGCUGGGGUAAAGCUAUGUUGGGUUAGGGUGGGGUGGGGCAAAGGAAUGCCAGAAUCCGUCUUCAUCUUCAGACUCCUCUCAUAUCAGUCCCAGGGAUGUACACCAGUGUUGCUCAUAGAACUGCUCUGCUGAGCUAAAGAAGCAGAAGAAGACCUGAGCUCUCUAUCCUAAUUUAUUUAUCCAGCGCUGAAAUAACCCCUCUAUCUCAGGCGGCUAACUUUCACUUAAUACUGCAUCUCCAUCUACCUGGGUAACCAUGCUAGUGUGGGAGGUGUUGUGCAGAUAGACGUAUAUACAAUAGAUAAUCUCCAUCUACCUGGGUAACCAUGCUAGUGUGGGAGGUGUUGUGCAGAUAGACGUAUAGACAAUAGAUCAUCUCCAUCUACCUGGGUAACCAUGCUAGUGUGGGAGGUGUUGUGCAGAUAGACAUGUAUAUCAUAAAUAGAUGCUAUUCCCAUAGACACUAGUCUCUUCAGAUAGCCAUUGAGUACCCUGGCUGCAUUCACAUAAACAGAGACAUAGGCCUUCUGUACCCGUUAUUCAUUCACCCAUCCUACAGAAGCAAUGUCUUCUGUACCCGUUAUACAUUCACCCAUCCUACAGAAGCUGUCUUCUGUACCCGUUAUUCAUUCACCCAUCCUACAGAACCAUACCGUAUGUAAACAAUCAGUAGAUUCCUUCAUUGCAUGAAUCGUCUGCUGGUGUUUAAAGCAUUUACAAACAGUUGAUGUUUUGACUCUUCAUAUACUUUUCACCCUUCCCUCAUCAAUAACCCCUGACCUUUAUCUCCUGACCCCUAACCUGGAAAUGUACAUUUCUCCUGAUGGGAGACUGCUUUGCUGCUGUUCCCAGUGUCUGUGGAGAGGGUAUGCAGCUGUAGCUACUGUUGUUAGAGGCCUGUUAGAGCCAGCCACUCUGUGCUGCUGUGACAGGCCCCUGAAGCCCUGCUACUGAGCCGACUGUUACAGGACCGAGUGGAUGAGGAACUGAUGCUCAAACACUGAUUUAAGGCCAAAAGGUCCUACUGCCAGGAGUUAUUCCUGGUCAGUUCAUGUAGUUAGGAAAAACUCCUGUUCCUAUAGUUCAUUGAGCUAAAAAAAAAACAUUCUGGUGAUCACACCAAAGUUAAGAGGGACAGGGGCAGUGGGAUAUGCCUGACUGAAAAGAUGACGUAUUGUAGGAAAAAACUUUUUUGCACACUGAUUCUGGCCACAGAUUGGUCUGCCAGUCUGUAUAGUAUCCUAUAGAAGGAGCAUGAAAUUAGUGAUUUUUUAAUUUAUUUUUUAAGGGAAUUUGAUCAUACAAUUAAUGUUUAUCUGAGUGUGAUGCAUAUGUAUAUAUGUAAACGUUGGAGGAAAAAUUAUUAUUAUUGAUUAUAACUAUUGUUAGUUGAGUUGGUGUGUGUGUCUGGGCUGAAGAUAAUAGUAUAAAUGUUAUAUGAUAGUUCAUAUCUAUGUAUUCCAGUCAGUCUCUGUCCUCGUCCAAAAGCACAUGCCUUCCUGAUGCCGAGGGUCCCUUCAUCAAACCUGUUUUAUUCCUGCCCUCACAGGGCUUAAAGAAGCCACAUAAACAGAUCUGAGACCAGACUACAUGUCAACGAUGGAACCCAUAAGAUUGUGUGUGUGCGUGUGUGUGUGUGUGUGUGUGUGUGUGUGUGUGUGUGUGUGUGUGUGUGUGUGUGUGUGUGUGUGUGUGUGUGUGUCUUUGUGUGCUUGCAUGUGUCUGUUACAUCUGCAUGUGUUAUUUAUUUUUUGGUUCACCCCCUUCGGCAUGGUGUAAGUGUCAGAGGAUGUGGGAAAUCAAUGCUUUCCAGUAAUCUCUUAGUUUGGUUUAUCUGAAGAAUCAGAUGUGUAUAUAGAUAUCUGUAAAGCUGUAAAGAAAAUGAAGAAUGAAAUAAAUGUCAUCCUUUAA